GUCCCAAGCAUGGCAACACUACGAAAAACAGCGUGAUCACAAAUUUAGUCUUGAAAACCAGGAAACCAAAUUUUUGUUUCGAUUCGAAGCAUGAGAAGAUGUGAGAAUAUUUGCUUACUCAAGUAGCUCAAAUCACUUUCAACCGAGUUAUCAAGACAGCUGCGUAAUGUAUCUUUGGUGUGGUAUUUGUUGAUACUCCGGCUCAUGUUGGUUGACAAAAAAUGGUUGCCAAUGAGACCUUGGUUCGUAUUCUUUCCCACGUGGAGAAGUUGAUGAGGCAUGCCACGAAGUUCGUGACACGAAAUGCAAAAUCACUAGUCCUCUUGUCCAUUCCUAUUGCAAUAUCUGUUUUCCUUCUUGUGGUAUGGAACAGAAUUCGCAGAAAAUCUAGAUCUACAAAAGUGAUGGAAUUGAACUGCUGGUUUUGUAACACAGAUAAUAUGGUCAAUGUAAAAGAGAAGGAAGAAUGGUACUGCAAAAAGUGUGACCAGUACAAUGGAUUUACCAGGUCAGGUGACUAUAACAAAGAGAUAGCUGAAAUGUAUGCAAAGUGCGCUGAAAGUUCACUUCCAAAGCAUGGAAACCAAAGAUUGGACAGCAAUUCAGUCACAUCUGGAUACAAACUAUGCGAUGCCUGCAACAAAAUGCAGAUUCUUAAAGUAAAACAACUCGCAGCAUUUAUUCCAAGAAAUGAGACCUUUUAUGAAUAUGAAGUUGAAGAGUACAAACAUCAGCUAGAGAGGCGGUACAAGCUAUGCAAUGCCUGCUCAAGAUCUCUAAAAAGAUAUCUUGAUGAUCAAGACAUGCAGAUAAAAGAUACAUAUGGGAAAGAUAUUGCACAAUAUCACCAAAUAAGUGAUGAGGAUGAGAGAGAAGAUAGAAAGAAGACGCUGAAUAAACAAAGAAAAAAGAGAAAAAGGACCUUCAUCAACCUGUCAUUUCUAUGGCCGUCAAGCUUAUUAGGCCUGAUAUCAUUGGCUUGUGCAAUAUUCCUUUGCUUAACUUGGCUGUCAGGACAUUUCAAGGUGAAACUUUCUUCCCUGGCAUACACUGGGUGCAUUGCAAGAUUUUUUCUUUGGCUUUUAAACCCACUAAGCAAAAGAAAACUCCUUUAUCUGCUGAUCUGGACAUUUUUGUCUGCUCUACUGGCUGCUCCUGCAAUACUGAAGCUUAAACUUAUGGCACCAUUGAUCAUUUUUCUCUUGAUUAUUGAACUGUGGAAUAGUAUGUGGACUGGAGUUAUCAUCGCCACAACUUUCAAUACAUUUGCAAGACUUAUGAAGAGGAAGGAUUCAUUGAGUAAACUGAAAAAACUGCCAAAGAAAAGAAGCCCAAAAGUUCAAAAAGAGUUGAAGAAAGAGAUUAAAAAUCAACUGGUAGUUGUUCAUCAGCAAAAACCAAAUCAGGACAACAUAGAUGGUAGGAUUGAUGUAUUGUCCCUUGGUCUUACUGACAGUGAAGAUGAUACCAAACAAGGCUCAAGAGUUAAAGGUAGAAAAGUCUCCAAGUCUUGGUACGCAAGUGCAUGCAGGUUUGUUGGGGAGGCAGAGGACAAUGACAUCCAAAAUGAAGGGAGUAAGAAUGGAGAGCAAGGAUUCCAGUUGUACCCAUCAAAACUUUUAUCCUCUUCAGUCAAUAAAACCAAGACAAAUAAAAGUAAUCCUUUGAAAAAGGAAUCAAGUCAAUACAAAACAGAUCAUUUAAACAGAGAAUCGGGUCAAAGAAGUGCUAACCUGCCACAGCAGAGGAUCAAACAACAGUUACAGGAAGACUCAGAUGUGCUAGAUCAUACGAAAAAGAAAAUCAAAGGUUCUCAAAAAUCACAAAGCUCCAAAUGCACAUUGAUGAAAUAUUUUUGUAUGGGACUUUUAGCCAUUACCCUUUUCUGUAGCAUUGCUCUUAAUGUCUAUCUUUUGAAAAGGGAUAGAAGACUGUCUUUUUCCUGAUAGUAGUAUUCAACUUUUUUGAUAAAAUCUUUAAAAGUAAUUAAACCUGUAAAUGUUUUGGGUUUUGAAAUAAGAUGUGUCUUUGCAAAUGA